AUGCCUCCCAAACCCCCCUCAGCCCGCCUCACCCACUUCCUCUGCAUCCCCCUCGUUACCGCAGCCUCCAAACCCCAACUCCAGUCCGCCCUCUCAGCAUUCACUUCCAAAGCCAGCAGCCCCAACGAUCCCCUAGCGCGCAUCCCCGAGAAAGCCAUCCGCCCUCUCGGCACCCUCCACCUGACCCUGGGAGUCAUGUCCCUACUCACCCCAGAGCGCAUAGAAGCCGCCCUGGCCGUCCUCCGCACGCUGAACCUGCAGGAGAUACUGGCGGCGACUAAGUCUGCAGAUGUCCGUACCCGGACAGGAGAAGCGCAGCAAGGCGUUAGCGAGGGAGCGGGAGCGUUGUCGGGAGCGUUGUCGGGAGCGUUGUCGGGAGAAGGCGCAGGAAUCUUGCCGGAGAGCGGGUCAGACAUGGGGGAGGCCAAAGAGACAUUGUACAUCACCCUACAGGGUUUGCAUUCCAUGCAGGAUGCGAGCCGGACGUCGGUCCUGUACGCCGCGCCGCUGGAUCCGGAGCGGAGGCUGCAUCGAUUCUGUGAGGCGCUGCGUGUUUUGUUUGCUGGGUUUCUGGUCAGGGAGGAGAGGAGACCGUUGGUGUUGCAUGCUACGAUUGUCAAUACGGUGUAUUUGCCUAGGAAUUCUUCGUGGGUGGGGGCGGGGAGAGAGAAGCGGAAGGGAAGGAGAGAGAGGUACACGCUUGAUGCUCGAGGUUUGGUGAGGGAGUUUGAGGAUUGUGUGUGGAUGAGAGACGUACGACUUGAGAAGGUUGCUGUGUGUAGGAUGGGUGCGAAAGUGUCGGAAUGUGGGAAGGAGGAGUACGAGGUGGAAGGGGAGGUGGAGGUGCCUGGGUGA